AUGAUUACGGUCACAACUAUACACUUAUGGACAAUUAUGGACAGCAACGGUAAGCGAGUAGUUUCGGGGAAGAAGCGUUGUAUCAGGGUGGACGAGGGGUGGAGCGACGGUGUACGGGAAGUAGGAGGCGGGUACCUUUUGUGCGUAAUAGUGCGAACGAGUAAAGCGGCGAAGAGGGAUUGGAUGCUACUAUUGGCCAUUGUAGUUGCAGCGACAGCAUUUAGAGGGGAAGUAGAUGUAUUGAUCGAAAAUUAUUGA